CCAGUAGUCUCUCGGGUGGGAUGAGGCAGGUGUGUCCAGAGAGCAUUCUCAGCGUAAAUAAAUGUCCAACGGGCUAACCGAGCUGCUGGUGAGGGCUGCUAGCCUUAAAAUGCCCUGUCAGUCUACAAUAGGGUUUAUUGUGGCCUUGCAGACAAAAUGUAUCUACCUAAUAAGAUUACAAAUCAACACAGAGGUUAACUGAACAGGAAACUGACACCUGCAGAUGAUGGAACUGGCACGAAUAUAUCACUGGUUUCCUCUCAGCUUGACCCCAUACAAGAAAUGUGGUGUCCACCUAUUAAGAUUUCCUUUUUAAAUUCCUCGUGAUUGGCAAUGCUGGAACAGGCAAAUCCUGUCUGCUGCACCAGUUCAUAGAGAAGAGAUUUAAGGAUGAAUCCAACCACACAAUUGGGGUGGAGUUUGGCUCUAAGAUCAUCAGUGUGGUCAACAAAAUGGUCAAACUGCAGAUUUGGGACACUGCAGGCCAAGAAAGGUUCAGGUCUGUGACCAGAAGUUACUACAGAGGAGCAGCAGGAGCCCUGCUGGUCUAUGAUAUCACCAGUCGAGAGACAUACAAUGCUCUGACCACAUGGCUGAGCGAUGCCAGGAUGCUGGCCAGCCAGAAUAUUGUCAUCAUCCUGUGUGGAAACAAGAAGGACCUGGAUGCUGACAGAGAGGUCACAUUCCUGGAGGCUUCACGCUUCGCUCAGGAGAACGAGCUGAUGUUCCUGGAGACCAGCGCUCUAACAGGGGAAAACGUUGAGGAGGCUUUUGUACAAUGUGCUCGGAAGAUCCUCAACAAGAUAGAGUCAGGGGAGCUGGAUCCAGAGAGGAUGGGAUCAGGUAUCCAGUAUGGUGAUGCUGCAUUACGACAGCUCCGUUCUCCUCGUCGCGCUCAGCCACAGGGCACCCAGGAGUGUGGCUGUUAGUGGACACGCCCUGUAACAUGCACAGAAAGUGUGUUCCAGACAGGUUUGUGAAGAUCAGAAGAAGAACAGCCACAGGGGGCCCAGACAGUGUUAGGGUCAGGUUCUGGUAACGCCAUCCUGACCAUUGAUCUUUGACUUUCACUCAAAACCUUCAGAACCUUAGAUCCUUUGGAACAUUUGGAACCUUCAAAAGAUUCAGAUCCCUUGGGACCUUCAGAUCCAUUGGAACCUUUAGAUCCUCUGAAACAUAUGGAACCUUCAAAACCUUCAGACCCAAUGAAACAUCUGUAACCUUCAAAACCUUCAGACCCAAUGAAACAUCUGUAACCUUCAGAA